AAAAUUCUAUUGAAGGUAGCCACAUCAUGCUUAAGAGACAGUACGAACGGACCAUAUAUGUCAGUGGAACGGACCGAAUUUGAAUUAAAUAAACAAACUGAAACCACAUAUAAAAUAGCCAAGUGAAGUACCUGUAUUAGUUAUUUGAGUUGACGGAGUUGACUGACAUCAGACUGUCCUGUUCAUUUCUUAAAAAGCAUGUUAUGGACAAAUAGCAAAUAAGAAUAGCCAUUAGCCAAGUGAAGAGCCGGCCGGCAAAGAAAUAAACAAACAAACGUCAAUCUUGGAAAUUGGUGGGAUUUGUUUGGUGCAAAGAGUACUUUAUUACGGAAAGUUUUGUGGUUUUCACUAGAAACGUUGCUCGAUUCGCUAAAAUUCAAGGGUUCAAACAGGUUCAAACGACAAAAUGGAUAAAAAUAAAGAAAAGGAAGAGCAGGGUAUCAUGGAUAAAUCCAUGAGAUCAGUUUUCGUUGGAAAUAUACCUUAUGAAGCUACUGAAGAAAAACUGAAAGAUAUAUUUAGUGAAGUGGGCCCAGUACUAUCAUUCAAAUUAGUAUUUGACAGAGAAACUGGAAAACCCAAAGGUUAUGGUUUUUGCGAAUACAGAGAUCAGGAAACAGCCCUCAGUGCUAUGAGAAAUUUGAACGGUUAUGAAAUUGGAGGCCGAUCGCUCAGAGUUGACAAUGCAUGUACAGAGAAAUCAAGAAUGGAAAUGCAAGCAUUGAUGCAAGGACCUCAGGCUGAAAAUCCCUAUGGUGAACCAGUAGAGCCAGAGAAAGCACCUGAAGCCAUUAGUAAAGCUGUAGCGACAUUGCCUCCAGAACAGAUGUUUGAGCUAAUGAAACAAAUGAAACUUUGCAUUCAGAAUAACCCUACAGAAGCAAAAAACAUGCUAUUGCAAAAUCCUCAACUAGCAUAUGCACUCCUGCAGGCUCAAGUUAUCAUGAGGGUUAUUGACCCAGCUACAGCAGUAACUAUGCUCCAUCCAUCAAAUCCUCAACAGCCAGUGGAAAAGCCUCCACCCAAUACCUACAAUAUGUCUAGUAAUCAACCACCAGUUCAACAACAACCACCUUCACUGAUGGCAAAUCCAGUGCUUCCACCCAACCAGUUCCCAUCCCGCGCGGCGAUGGGCGACGUAGACCUGCGUGGGACCCGCGCGCCCGCGCCCAUGCCCGUAGCGCCGCCGCCGUUGGACCAGGACAUGCGCAGCCUGCCCAUGCCGCCGCACCCCGUGCCACCGCCCGCGCUGCAGCCGGACAGUGGUUUCCCGCGCGAUCCUCGCCUCUCCAACACGCCGCAGUUCUGUAUUGACCCGCGAGGGCGCUCCAGCGACCCCCGCAAUCAACAGAAAAUGUCUACACAGCAAUUGCCGCCCGGUAUGCCGAGCAUGGCGCAGGCGAGAACUAUUCAGGGCAUACCGUCUGGAGCCUCCGAUCAAGAAAAGGCCGCGCUGAUAAUGCAGGUGCUGCAGCUGUCGGACGAGCAGAUUGCCUUGUUGCCGCCCGAGCAGCGCGCCUCCAUCCUCAUGCUCAAGGAGCAGAUCGCCAAGAGCACCCAGCAGCGGUAG